CGGUAGAGGACUAUCAGCAGACGUUCGAGAAGCUUCUCAACCACUGCCGUGGGUGGAGUAAGGAAGUCGUAAUGGGAAGCUACAUGGGCGGGCUCAAACUUGAAAUUUCGGCUUAUAUUCGUGCAUUUGAGCCUCGAAAUACUGGCGAAGCGUAUCAUCUCGUGAAGAUGCGUGAGGAAGAGAUUCGACUCGAGCGUGGGGCAUCGAGGGGACCACGCGUGCCUAUCACGGUGCCGCACGAGGUAGUCGCCACCCUAGGUCCUAGGCCUCUACACCCUCCUGCGCUGCAAAAUCGAGCUCUGCCGCCAGCUGGGAGGCUAGUCUUUAGGCACUUGACUCCAGUCGUGAUGGUCUCUGCUACAAUUGCGAUGAGCGAUUUACCAUUGGCCAUCGUUGUGCUAACAACCAGGUGUUUGCUCUGAUCGGGGAUUUCGGUGGUGGAAUGGAGGAAUGGGUCGAGGAGACUUCGCGACCUCGGGACGAGAUUGCUUGAAGGGGGGAGGAUUGAUGAGAGCACGUUUUCUGACCGUCUGGGUCAUUAACUAAUUUCGGUUAUUAUUAUUAUUGUUUAUUUGGAUAUUCUUUUGGUUAUUUUUUGUUAUUAUUAUUUCUUGUUAAGGAAGUAAUCGGCUAGGAGUUGGUCUAGGAUUGGAUUUCUUUGUUUGAGAGGGAGAGGGUUUAUGGGACUUUUCCUAUAAAUAUGUACUUUACCUCUACGUUUUAUUCACCAAAAAAUAAUAAACCAGUUCUUUCAGUUUUUCUUAGUUUCUCGUCUACAAAAUCCCGACGCGUGAAACAUUCACACGUCACUUAUCUUCCAAAUCAAGAAGUUUGUAGUCUUUUACCCCCUACAGGAAAGCCUAGAAGACUCAUUGUCUGGCAUGAGGAGCAAAUUUAGUUCGUUGAUUACUCAAAGUACUAGCAUAACACAAAUUGCCAAACACCCUCAAAUGCCCUAAGAAGGGAGGCUAAUAAUGCAACAUUUCAUAGGGUGACCUGUCAUUUAAUACCAGGGUAGGAAUUUCUGUUAAUAAGAUAAAUAGCUUGUAAAGUUUAGUCACGGCAAUAAGUGAGGCAUGCAUGAUUGAAAUCUAAGAGACCUAGCCACAUUAAGAAUGUGUUGGUGCUUAUGUUCAACUCUUGAAUUUUGUUCUAGUGUCUCUUGGUAACUCUAAACUUGGUGUUAUUUACCCUACAUAUCUAGGUGUGUUUUGUACCAAUUCAUGUGCUUAAAUGCUUGAAAAUAUUCAAAUACACCCCUAUUGUGUUCCUAUUUGAUUUCGAUGUAAUUUUAGGGCGUAUUAGUCGAUAUAUGCGAAUUAGGUACAAAACAAGGUCACAAGUGUAGAGGAGGCUCAUGAAUUGAAGAUCGUGGCUUAGAAGCCGAAGAUCACGGUCGGGAUCACAAGCCACGAAGACCAGCUGAAGAUGGCGACCUAGAAGCCAUAGAUCACGACCGCGAUCUUGGAGGCCCAGGGCGCGAACUUCGCGUGGAAGGGGCCUUGGAGAAGCAGAGAGUCUCCCAGUCGCAUCACGGCCAAUGUUCAAUUUCCCAUGAGGAAGAUCGCAUCCUUGACUCGUGGAUCACGACCCCGAAGUCAGCCCACGAUCUUCCCCUUCCUGAAGGCCUCGACGAUUGCGUUUGAGAUCACGGUCUAGAGACCAAAGAUCCCUCUUGCGAUCUCCUUCCCUCAGACUGCAAACUUUCCCGAUUGUAGAAUGCCUAUAAAUACAAGGCCCCUUCAACUUUUCAAGGGAGCUGAUUUGGAGAGAAACUUUCUGGUUCUGGAGAGAGAAGAGAGAGAAGCUGAAAGAUGGAGAAGAAGGAGGAGUUAGGAUCAAGGAGGCAUCUUCUUCAACCUCGAGUCUUCUUCUGUUUCUACCAUGUAUCUUCUUUCCUCCUAUAUGUAGUAGUCCUCUAAGGUACUAGGGGUUCUAAACCCCAAAUCCUAGUUUUAGGGUUUACUAUGUAUAUAUGGAUAUUUUAGGGUUUGAAUGAAUGAAUGUGUUUGUCUAGUUGGUUUUAAUGCUACUCUUUCCUAAAUGAUGACGCUUGGGUAAUUGCCCUAUUCUUCCUUCUUAGCCUAUUUUAUGUUACCGCGCUGGGUACAGAGUUCAAGGAUUAGAUGGGUAUGCGCCAUCUGAUGAGUUUAGGUUAGAUAUGUGAAUGGGGGCCUAUAAUGGUCGAGGUGACCAAACCCCUGCUAUAGGUAGCCUUCUAGACGAAACCCAGGUGGAAACCUCGGUGUGGACGGUGGAUAAUGUCCAUUGAAAUUAGCCAUAAGCUUAAUGCCCCAGAUACGAUAGCCUAGAUAGAGGUGACUGGAGCAUGGGUUUUGGGGAGGCGUACUCGAAGGCGUGUGGAUAACCACGAAAUCCCACGGAAAAGAGCUCACUUACCACAUUUCAUGACGCUAUGUAUCUAGAUAUGCAUGAUGACCCUAACCUAGGGGAAGGGAUAGUUCCCCGAAGUACCUGCUUUUAGCUUUGAUCAAUCUUUAUACUAGUGUUUCGUCAUAUCCUCCACUCAAAACCCCAAAAACCGAUUAACUAAUUAGCAACUAGGUGGGAAGUAUGCUAGGGUACCAGGACCCGAGUACAAUAUGACCAUGAUUACCACUAUACGACAGUGUCGUUCUAGGUUAAACUUGGCCUAGGAUGGGAUAGUUUUUGAUACGUGCUAACCUCUGACAAUAACCUGCACGGAUUCCAGUGAUCACCUCUACACAGGGCGUUUGAUCUUCUAUACCCCUUUCCUGAAAGAACUCAUGCAUGUGAAAUUCUUUACCCUGGUCACUUCUAAUGACGUUAACAGCAACAUUAAACUGAUUUUGAACUAAAUUAAAGAAUCCUUGCAAGAGUUCCCUUGUCUUAUCUUUGUGUUUCAUAGGCAACACCUAUAGUGCCCUCGAGUAAUCACAAACAACAGUCAAGAAAUAGGAAUAACCAUCCUAAUAAAGAACAAAUAAGGGCCCCCAUAUGUCAACAUGUAGUAAUUCAAAGUCACAUUUUGCAACACUUGUGCUGAUGAGAAAGGUAAACGUUUAUGUUUAGAAUAAUGACAUACAUCAUAGUGAUAGACUUAAGAGUGAGUUACAGUAGAAUCAGUUUUCUAUAACAAUGAAAUCUUGUCUCUAUUGGCAUGUCCUAAUUUCCAAUGCCAAAUAUCAACUUCUGGUGACUAAAGUUGAAGAUGGUGGCUGCUGAGAUGUGUGGUUCUGGCUUCUGGUUUCUUUGUGGUGAGGUGAAGGAUAGAUGAUAACAACCUCAAUGUUUUCUUGCUAAACCAAUCGUCUUCAAGCUUAAUUGGUCCUAAAUUUGGCACAAACUGGAGCGAAAGUGUCAGACUAAAGGGUGGUCAUGAGUGAGCUUGCUAACAUAAAUAAGGUUGAAAGCAAAGCUAGGAACAAGAAUGAUGUUUUAUAAGUGAAGCCCUGCAGGUAAUCUAACUGUUCUAAUAUGAGUGACUAGGACCUUGGUGGUAUUAGGAAAGAUGAAAAAAUGUAUUAUGAACUUCUCUAUGUUCUAUUAAAAGAGUUAAAGAAAAAGAGAUAUGGUCAUAGGCACCAGUAUCUAGGUUCCAUAGACUAUCUACAGUUGGAAUAGUUUGGGGAGAAAAGGUUAAACGUCUAAAUUUAUCUGCAUAGUUGGGGUAUGGAGGCAGGAACUGGGAACUGAAUGGGCAUUAUGAGCUAUGGAUGGAGAAGUGGUUGUGAGUUAACAGUAUUAACACCAACAUGCAUCAUGUACCCCAGCCUGUUCAUUUUCCUACGUGUAAAAACCAUAACAUUUUUAGAUGAAAUUACAGGGCUACUUCCAAAAGUAUCAUUGGAACUGGUAAAGCUUGCUUCAAUGAUCCAUUUUGUGAAACAUAACUUGCAAAUCCAACGAUAUUUCUGUAAGUUCCUCUUGGGAUACCUCCAUCUUCCAUCUCGCUUUUCUUGUUUACACUCCUGCAUUCAUCCACAUUAUGAUCAUACUUCUUUCAAUAAACACAAUGUUUCUUUCCCUGUGUCUUUGCUUUCCCUUCAUGUCCAAUCUUAGCAACAGUGCUACACUAUGAGACUUCCUUCCACUAGUAUUAGAUUAUGCCUUCAUUUUUUGUUCAUACAAGAGAAGGUCGUCUACUACUUCUGAAACAGUUGGCAGAGGUUUCUCUGAUAGCAGCUAGUUCUUGAUGAUCUCAUAAUUAGGGUUGACAUGCCACAAAAACCUUAUCAAAUAGUCUGCUUCCUGUCGUUCAAUGUAAGCCACAAAAAAAUCACAAGGAUUGGGGUUUUCUAGAACACGGUUACAGAGAACUAUGGGACUGAACUGCACAUGCUCUACCCACGGUAAUUUAAUCAGUUUAUGGUUAUGAUUAAUUGUGAGAUUCCCCUACUUUUGCUUAUGAAUAUCAUACUUUAGGUUUGUAAGUCUAAUUGCAUAAGGCUUACCAUAACUUCUUUUCAACUCAUCCCAUGAUACUUUGUCAUUGACGUGAUUCAUCACAGACCUAUUAAGAUCCUUAUGCACGGAAUUCAAGAUCUAAGACAAUAAAACUAUGUUACAAGCUCCCUCAGCAGAUACUUCUCAUCAAUCAAUAGAAGGAUUGGUAUACUACGAUCGAUGACCCAAGCUUAUAUUUCAUCUUAAGACCCAUAGCAACAUAUCUACUCCACAUAGUGUGAUUGGUUCCAUCAAAGACCAUUUUACCUAUAGACUGAUUGAGAGCUUCAUUGAGGUUGAGAUAUUAAGGUUUACCAAAAGUAAUGACCUCAGAUUUUGGUCCUGUGAAAAGUUGUGCUGGUUCAUCUGAUGCUGCUCAUCGUAAGUUCCAAAUUGAACUCUAUGAUACCUAGAUGCAGUAGCUGCAGCCAUUCCAUUUCCCGUCUUCUGGGAUCAUCCUUAGCUGCUCGUCGACGGAGCGUUCAUAGUAACCCGAGAUGCAUUUCCGCUUUAAUUCACUACCAACCCUAUUAGUUGAUUGUUGAUCGGGGUUGAAUUAUCGCCUUCAUGCGACUUGACCUUCUUCGGCCGUUUUGAAAUCGUUCAAUGUCGUUCUAAGAUCUACAUUAACUCCUUUUCGUUGCUGUGCAAGUGAAUUCUAUUUCAAUCAUCCCGACGACGAUGGGGAAAAUGGUUGAUUCAAUAGCCAAUGAGCCAAACCCUUCAAUCCCUUGACGCAACAAGGACUAGGUGUUUACUAUUUAGGAGAUUAAUAGGAAUUUAAUUUAAUUUUCUAAUAUUUUUGAAAAUGAGGUGUUAAUUUUAAAUGAUUCGAUUUUUUAUUUUUUUACUUUUUAAUUGCUAUGUUACACAUUAAACGGUAGACUUUAAGAGUUGAAUGCCACAUCUUAUAAAGACAUAAAGUUAAC